AUGAAUAAGUCCUCGGUUUCGAUCUCUGUUACUUUUGUUUUGUUCUUCCUCUUCGCCUGCUCUGUUCCUGUUUCAGGCUUCAACAUCACAAGGCUCCUCAAUCGGUUCCCUGAAUUUGGCGUUUUCAAUGGAUAUCUGACGAAAACUCGUCUCUUCGAACAGAUCAACAUUCGCCAAACUAUCACCAUUCUCGCCCUCGACAAUGGCGUCGUUCCGAGCAUCACUGGAAACUCUCUUGACGUAAUCAAGCAGAUUUUGAGUGCUCAUGUUAUUCUCGAUUACUACGAUUCUGCUAAGUUCAGGAAGCUCUCCACCAACAAGCCUACAGUACUUACUACCAUGUUCCAGGCCACUGGCGACGCCGUACGCGAGCAAGGGUUUGUGAAAGUUGUGCUGAACAGGAGAGGUCAAAUCGAAUUCGGAUCUGCUUGGAAAGGCGCGCCUUUCACCUCAAUGUUUGUCAGAGCUGUUGCCUCACAGCCCUACAAUAUCUCUGUUAUUCAAAUCAGUUCUCCGAUUGUGGUCCCUGGCAUUGGACGUUACAAUUUGCCUCCUCCAGCGCCUGUUGCACCGGAACCAGAUGUUGCUCCUGUUCCCGCUCCGACUCCAUUGGCUGAUACUCCUUCACCGGCGGACGAGUCUCCAGCCGAUGCUCCCUCACCAGACGCCGACUCUCCAGUUCCGACGGCGGAUGCGCCUGAUGCACCGUCGAGUGCUCCUCAUCCAUCUGCUGAUGACGAAGAGGAUGCAGAUGCACCGAGUCCAGACGACGAGGAAGACCAUUCGGCAGCUUCACGUGGCCACAUCGCCGGCGCCGGAGUGAUGGUGGCCGGAUUGAUGUCACUCUACAUGGCUUUUUAAAUUCAGAAAAUGUGAAGGAACGAAAGAGAAAAUCAGAGAGAGAGAGAUAUCAACAGCGGAAGAAUCGGUAGGAUUGUUUAUGCCUACAAUCAUCAAAACUUCAUAUGAAAAUGAAAAAAAAAGGAAAAAAAGUCCAAUAAUGUAUGAGUAAACCUUCAACGGCGGGCAGGGUCUUCUUGCUG